AUGAAGAAGCUUUCCACCACUUCCGCCGCCGUUGAUACCGCCGCCGCCGACCUGAAAACCUUAAUCCAUGACCACGCUCAGUUCUUCGACAAGCUAAUCGAAUUGAUCCCUGCAAAGUUCUACCUUCCCACCGACGAAGAUUCAAAACCCUGGUUCCAAGGCCUCAGUAAAGGUAAAAAGGCCUCUCUUAAACAACAAACACGAGAAAACAUCAAGAAAUCCCGCCGCGAUCGCCUCGACCCCGAGAAAGCACAAACAACAACCCUAGAUCUCCUAAAAAAGAUUGUCGGUAAGAAUGAGGAUUCGGAUGAAGAAGAUGAUGACGACGAUGAAGAAGAGGAGGAGAUUGAAAUUAGAGUGAAGCCGGUUACCAAUUUCGAUGGGGAAACCGGUAAAAAGUCUGUAACUUAUGAAGAGUUACAGCAACGGUUGCACUCUAAGCUUCAAUUGCUUCGUGCAAAUAGAGGCCAGGGGAAGAGAUCGAUGAUGAUGAAUGAGAGGAAGGAAAGGGUAGCUUUAGAAGUUCUGAUGGAUUUCAAUGAUUACAAUUUUGUUUUAGUACAACGUGGUUUUGAAGAAUUGGCAUUUGGCAAUGCGUUCAAAUCCGUCCUUGUUUUGAGGCCAGGGGAAAAGAACGAUGAUGAUGAAUGA